CUGACAGUUCCCCCCGCCCCUUCAAGAAAGCCCUCCCACUUGUCGAGUGGAAUCUUCGAGUCGCGUGGAGCCGGUCUACGCGCUUUCUACAUCUUUUCUUUGUCUCCCGGCCUUUAUAUUUUUCUCCAAGAUGUUCGGCCAACAGGUUCUUGUACUCAACCAGAAUGUGAAGAGAGAAUCUGGGCGGAAAGUCCAGACGGGAAAUAUCAACGCAGCCAAGACCAUUGCUGAUGUCAUCAGGACGUGUUUGGGCCCGCGGGCCAUGAUGAAGAUGCUGCUCGACCCUACCGGCGGAAUCGUCAUGACCAACGACGGAAACGCGAUUCUGCGAGAGAUCCAGGUGCAGCAUCCCGCGGCGAAAUCUAUGAUUGAGAUCAGCCGCACGCAGGAUGAAGAAGUGGGAGAUGGAACCACAUCUGUCAUCAUCUUGGCUGGCGAGAUGCUGUCAGUGGCAGAGCAGUUCCUGGAGCAACAGAUGCAUCCCACCGUCGUCAUCAGUGCCUACAGGCGAGCUUUGGAGGACAUGUUGGAAACGCUGAAGGAGAUCAGCGUCCCCGUGGACAUAGCCGAUCGCGCCUCCAUGCUGAAGAUUGUGCACUCGGCCAUCAACACCAAAGCCGUGAGCCGCUGGUCCGAGCUGGCGUGCGGCAUGGCCCUGGACGCCGUGCUUACCGUGGAGAUGGACGAUAACGGACGCAAGGAGAUCGACAUCAAGAAGUAUGCCAAAGUGGAGAAGGUUCCAGGCGGCAUCAUCGAGGACUCGUGCGUUCUGAGGGGAGUGAUGGUCAACAAAGACGUGACACACCCGCGCAUGCGCCGCCUCAUCAAAGAGCCCCGCAUCGUCCUACUUGACUGCUCGCUGGAAUACAAGAAGGGCGAGAGCCAGACGGACAUCGAGAUCAGCAAGGAGGAGGACUUUGCCAGGAUCCUGCAGAUGGAGGAGGAGCACAUCCAGCAGAUGUGCGAGGACAUCAUCCGGGUCAAACCUGACCUUAUCUUUACUGAGAAAGGAAUCUCAGACCUGGCCCAGCACUAUCUGGUGAAGGCCAACAUCACUGCCAUUCGCCGCGUCCGGAAGACUGACAACAACCGCAUCGCCAGGGCGUGCGGCGCGCGCAUCGUCAGCCGCACUGAUGAGCUGCGUGAAGAGGAUGUGGGCACCGGAGCGGGGCUCUUUGAGGUCAAAAAGAUCGGCGACGAGUACUUUGCCUUCAUUGCUGAGUGCAAGGAACCCAAAGCCUGCACCAUCCUGCUCAGGGGGGCCAGCAAGGAGAUCCUGGCGGAGGUGGAGCGCAACCUUCAGGACGCCAUGCAGGUUUGCCGUAACGUGAUGCUGGAACCCUGGCUGCUACCCGGAGGGGGCGCUGUGGAGAUGGCCGUGUCCAAGCGCCUGAUGGAGCGUUCACGCGCGCUGGUGGGCGUGGAGCAGUGGCCUUACCGUGCCGUGGCCCAGGCCCUGGAGGUCAUUCCCCGCACGCUCAUCCAGAACUGCGGCGCCUCCACCAUUCGCGUGCUCACGUCACUGAGGGCCAAGCACACUGUGCAGGACGGCAUCUCGUGGGGCGUGGAUGGCGAGACAGGUACCCUGUGCGACAUGGUGGCUGCCGGCAUCUGCGAGCCGUUGGCCGUCAAAGCACAAACGUACAAGACGGCCGUGGAGACGGCCAUCUUGUUGCUGCGCAUCGACGACAUCGUGUCAGGUCACAAGAAGAAAGACAAAGAUCAGGGUGCAGGAGGACCUGGCGCUGAGUAAAUUCAACCGGACGCUCAAUAAAGUUACAAAUUGAAGCCUCA